CGGCCCCGGGAGACUCUCCCUUACCUACGACAGUAUUUUGACACUAUGCGGGUGACCGAGAUCUUAUGGCAGCCUUGGGCGCCUCUGGGUGAGGAUCUCCGAUUCUAGUUUACCGGAGGAUGGGCCUCCUCCCGGUAUAGGAUCUUGUUCGAGGGGCCAGUUGGUAGGGCUUGGUUCCUAGGGGAACGCUUUCUUCGUCAGACUAUGGGCUUCCCUGAGCCGAGUGUCCCUUCAGUACCCCCAGACGAUAUGCGGCUCGCUGAUAGGCUUACUCUCCAGGGUGUCAUUGAUGCCAGGCUGGGCAUUGAUGCACUGCUGUAUUUGGAGGACGGGGAGUACGCGACCUACCAUCACACCUACUUGAUGCCUCCAUUGACAGGUGUUCGUACUCCCUCGAGGAGGUCUACCGGCAUGCCGUCUUCGAGUCGUACCCGAGCCAGAGACAUUCCUUCGGCCGGUAGGGCUGGCACAUCCAGAGGUGGGGUUGGACUAGUCCCCCCGAUUCCCCCGACUUAUCAUGAUGUCGGAUGGCCAGGUAUCCCGACUGAGUUGACGGGAUGGAGAUACAGCGCUUCCUACCCAAUUCCGCUAGAGCCUCCUAUGCCAGAUCAUCCAUACACCAGAGACCCUAACUCACCACCGCCUACCACAGAGUAUGCUGAGUUGUUACUCGGGUUAGUGGCCUCGCUCGAAGGCAUGGUCUUACGGAGAGAGGCGCAGCUGUCCAUCAUGGGCGUCUCGGUACUGUUCAGUUUUCUUGCAUUUAUCAUAUUUCUGAUGACAUGCUGAAUUUGAACAUUUCACUGCAUUGAUUGACCGACUGUAUAGGGAGAGCACAUUUGACACACACAACAUCCAUGUGCUAUAUUUGCAUACAUCCACUCCAUGUAACUUUUUAUCUGUACAUCUGAUAUACAUAUUAUGGUUGAUGUAUUCAAAUUGCACUCUUUCUUUUCAGAUGCCUCCGAUAUAUACCGGACCACAGGCCGGGCCAUCUGGGCCUUCCGGAGGAGCUGGGCCAUCUAGGCCUUCUCGGAGAGCCGGGAGAGGGGAGUCGUCUCACGGACGAGGCGGGCGCAGAGCACAUAUUAUUGAGGAGGAGUCCAGUGAGGAGGAGGAGUCCGCGC